AUGGGCUUCCUAUUUACUCCCAAACACCAGAAAUUGGUGAACCAAUGUUAUCCUCCAGGCCGUACACCAGACAAGAAGCCAAAAAGUUCAGAAACGUCAUAUUUGUUGUAUUAUGUGAAUUCGAGACGUCCAAAGCUAGAGAAGGUGAGUACCUAUCUUGUAAAGAAGUCAAAUACCGACUUAAAUAGGAAGCGUUCAGGUAACGUUUCUGUUACCUUGGAACUAUUAGCGAAGAUAGUGGAUAAUUGCAGUGAAAAUAUGAAUAUCUUCAUUAAAGACUUCAUUAAUAUCAUGAUCAAAGUAUUGAACAAUAACAAUUUCAAUAAUGAUCCCACGAUAGUUGGUCUUAUUGAAAGGGUUCUUUUUGCAAUUUGCAGCAAUUUAGAUGGUUCCCUCGUAAGCGGAGACUCGGAGUUUCUGGAGCUUUUCAAGAAUUUCGUAACAUUGUAUUUCAACGUGGCCAGCUCUAGAGUCAAUGAUACUGACUUGGUUUUAAAAGGUUGCCUUGACUUUUCUAAGAUCUCUAACCUAGGUACAAUUCAUCAAUGGUCAGCUACUGCUAAGAAUUGUGUCACCAUAGCCUUAGAGCAGUUUCAGCAGAGACAUCCAGCCUAUGCCGGCGCAACUAUUGAUUCUGUGCAAUCUGAACCAGAAACGCAAUCGCUUACAAAGAAACCAACGAUAACGCAAACAAAGUCUCUAGGUUUAGAUGAUGUUACUGAUACAUCCGAUUAUUCAAUUCUGGUAUUGAAUGCUUUCUUUAACACAACAGAAACUGAUAAACUCACACUCAGUAUGCAUUCACUAAUUGAAAGUUUAUUGAAGACUCCUAAUAAAGAACUAUUGCAAUUUAUUUGCAACGGAAUUCCAGUUCAAUUGAGAUACAUUGUUAUCCUUCUCUUUGUUAGACAAUUAAGCUCUAACUCAGAAGAAAAUAUGAUUGUGAUAUUAAAAUUGAUAUCUAGUCUUUUGACAUCAGGUGUUAGUAUCAUUGGUUUAUCUGUUAUUGAUAUCUUAAGGAAACUACUUACAGUGCAACUAGCAAAAGCUGACUCACCACUUAUUGUGAAACAAAUUUCGGUCUCAAUCAAAGAUUUAAAUCGAAAGACUUAUUACAAACAGCAAUCUUACGAUAUGCUAAGUGAGUUGAGUUUCAAAUUCAUUGAAAAUCAAAAAGCCCAUCACGAAGAUAUAUUAAAGUUAGAUUUGGAUGCUUUAUUCUCAACCACUGGCGAAGAAUGUUUGGACCUGGAUCUUUAUGUUGAUAUUCUACCUUUUGUCACAAAUAAAGAAAAAUUGUGCAGUCUUUUGUCUCAAGACACGCCGCAUCAAGUUUCAUUCAUAAGAUUCUUUGAAAAACUCUCUUCACUAUCAAAAAGUGAUAUUGAACUUGCAAUUUCAUCAUGCUUCAAAAAGUAUAAGGGUGCAUGCCUUUUAUCAGGGUUGGUGUACUAUUUGAAUCAUAGUCAAUCUUCAGCUGAUUAUUAUAUUUAUCACCGCUAUGCAGCACAGUUUUUGGAACUUGCAGAUUACCAAUCCCAAGUUGACUACAAGCAGUCUCACAGGGAAGUAUUUACGAAGGAAGAUUUAUUAAAUUACUACUCUGAUUCUGGUUCCAAUGUUUAUUCGGAAAAAGGAAGAGACAUAUUAUUAUUAGAUGACCAUUCUAAUAGUAAUGAUGUUAGUCCUGUAAAUGGGAAAACAAGUGAAUUAUCCCCUAUAGCGUUACCACAAAUAAACUUUCCUUCUUCUAAUAUGAAUGGAACUGUUUUCAGAAAACAAUCACCUGCGCAUGACAUUCACUCAAUCAGAUCUCUAAAGCGUAAUGCAACACCAAAAGUCAAAUAUUUAAAGACAUUAGUCGAUAAUCAGAAAAAAAACGAAACAGCUACAAAGUCGUUGCGCGGCUCUCAAUCUGUCAAAUCAAAGGUUACGAACAUUACAUUUUUGCUUGAUGAGUUAAAUAAUGACACUCAUGAUAUAAAAAUCACUGACCCUGACGAUGAAGAUGUGAUAGGGAUGGAAAAAGAAGAUCUGGUAAGGUCAUACUCUCUGAGAAUGAGCACCAUCCAGAGUGCCACAUCCAGAAAUUCAAGAUCAUUCAUUCCAUCAGCAGAGGUACAGAAAACUGAAGCGCCAGUGGAUGACUUUAAAGAUGCUCAAGAAGAUAUCGAAGUUUCAUCAUCCACUAGAGGUAGGUUGUUCAUGGCAUAG